GCGACGUCCCACCCACCGACCGGCGGCACCCGGCGCGGCGUCGAGUCGGUGAUCGCGAGCGCGCGCCGAACCUGAGGCCACCGUCGGCAUUGCAGAAACUGCACCGGUCGCACCCUGACGCCGCGCGUCUCACAUCGAACACGUCGCGCGUGUCGUAUUCGCCUCACGCGGUACACCGUUUAUUAAUAAAAUAUUACAUUAAAUUAUAUUUUAUACGGAGCCAUUCGGAUCGAUCGCAUUUUAUAAUAUCACCGUAAUCGCAAACUUUAUAUCAUUUCGUUCGAUCGCCGUGGUCGUCAUAACGCCUGCGAUGUGAAUUAUUGUGUUAUCGUCCUCAUCGCGACCACACACGAAUACGUUGGUGAUCGCGACGCGGUAUUUCUCGUGAUUUUUAAAUACGACGUACCGGCAGCGAAGUGAUUUUACGUCUACUACGAUCUCGAUUAUUCGUCGUUUUUGAUAUUUGUUUCCUUCCUGCUCGCCCUCUGUCCCCUCGGACACCACUGUUUUCCCCCGAUACGCCGAAAUGGAAGCUGACGAUCCACGUCUGGCCGACGAGUACGUCAACGAGUUCGUGCUCGACCACCUGGACGUGUCAACGGUGAAACGCGAGAUCCAGUCUUCCGACUAUCACCACCAUCACCACCAACAGCCGCACCAAGACCACGGCGGCCAUCACCAUCACCAUCAGCACCACCAACAGCAGCAGCAACAACAGCACCCAACGUGCAAUGGCGGCCGGGGGACCGCCGGCGUCAAUGCCCGUCUGCCGCCGAUGCCCAUCACGGGAGCCGACAACGGGGCCACGGCCACGGCCGCAGUGGCCGGCACGGCGGCCACCGCGACGAUGGUGCAGUCGUCACCACCACCGCAUUACCUGCUCACACCACCGGGUUGUGAACAAGAAUACCCACACCAUCACCCGCUCAUCAGACACCAGCACGCUCUAAACCAGGUAAUCGACGGCGUGAGUGGCCCGGGCGCUGGCAUGGUGAUACACGGACACGUGGCUGCCACGGCCGUGGCGGCUGCCAGCGUGCUGAUGACAGGAAGCGAGACCGCGGCCAAGGUGUCGAGAGCCGACCCCGCGACCGUCGGUUCCAUGAUGUAUCCGAACACGCCGGGCACGCCGCCCGACACGCCGCCGGUGAGCUCUUCGCCACCGCCGUCCACGCCGAUCCGACAACCAGUAUUUAUGGACGAAAUGAUAUGGUUAACGCAGCAGUUGCGCCAGGGACAGGAACCGCUCGACUUGCGACCAAACUACGCGGGUUCCGACGAAAUGCAGCAGCACCAGCAGCACCAGCAGCACCAGCAGCACCCGCACCACCAUCACCAUCACCACCACCAUCAACAACAUCAGCAGCAGCAACAACAAGAACAACAAGAAGACGAAGAACAGCAACAACAGCAGCAGCAGCAGCAGCAGCAGCAGCAACCGGAUUCGGCGGUCGCGGAGUGGAACAUGGUGCAACACCAACACUCGACCGUGAUACAGCCGAGCAACAGCAAUAAUAACAGUUGCUCCGCGGUCAACGGCAAUAAGGUACCGUCGUUUGGUCGUCAAACGCUCCAAGCGCUAUUGAGCCCAGGCUCGUCCAACGGCGUCGUAUACAACUACGGGAACAGCUGUUCGAUUUACCAGCCGCUGUUCUCGUCCCAGCGAGCCAUACCCCCGCACCAGAACCGGCCGCUGAGCGUGUCCAGCGGUAGCGUCAUGUCGCCCGUGAGUUCCCGCGGCGGCGGCGGUAGUAGCGCGUACACCCGCGGCGGCGGUUCGUCCGAUGACCUGAUCAACGACGCGCUGCUGCUGCAGCUGCCGGUGCGCGACCUCAACAAGCGGCUGCAGGGCAUCUCCAAGGAGGAGAUCGCCCGGCUCAAACAGAAGCGGCGGACGCUCAAAAACCGCGGGUACGCGCAGAGCUGCCGGACCAAGCGGAUGAACCAGCGCAUCGAGCUGGAGAACGCCAACGAGAUACUGGCGACCGAACUGCACAAGAUGAAAUCGGAGUUGUCGCGGGUCACGCAGGAACGCGACAUGUACAAGCAGCGGUUUUCCGCGCUGGCCGCGGCCAGGGAAUCGAUGAGCGUCGCGGCAGCAGCAGCUGCGGCCGCUGCGGCCACUUCGACGGCGUCGUCCACCACGUCCGUGGCCGGGGCCGCCACACAGCGCGUCGACAGUAGCUCCAACUCGCCCGAGCUCUAUCUGUGACAGACGAGGAGGUCGUACGCGUCUGCGCUUUGGAUAUCCAAGUGUCUACCAACGUCCGCCAACAAUAAUUACGGUUCGCGAACAUCGCGAACUUGAAAUCGUACACAGAUUAACUUCAAUAACAAAAGGAUAAGACUAAUAAAGUAAUUUGUUUUGUUUUGUUUUUUUUUCAGUAGUUAUAUAUUUAUAUUUUAAUAGUGCAUAUGCGAUUUUUAUUUUUUUUUUUUUUAUUUUGUUAUUGUACAGUAAUAAUAUUUCUGUUUUCCUUCUUAACGCCAAAGGACUUUUCCCCAUAAGACGUAUACAAACGUAUACGAUAAUAUUAUACUAUGUUAAAUCGGCGUACGCUUAAUAAUAAUAAUUAUAAUAAUAUACCAACUCAUGUAUACAUGUUAUGUUAUUACAUUUAAUGUUUAAAAAAUGUAUGUAGGUAAAUUAAUCGUACCCACCGAAAAAAAACGUGUUGACUUUUCUCGCUCACACCGAGGACCGCGCGGUGCGUACAGUUAUAAUUGUUUUAUUUUUGACAUUAUAACAUUAAAAAAAAAUGUAUGGGCUUAUGACCUAUACGCGUUUGAAUUUCGCGAGAAUAUAGUUGUUUGUACAUAACCAAAUUUUGAAAAUUUUAUAGUUACCCAGAAAACCGAAAUUGUUUCACAUACAAAUUAUACUAUCGGUUUAUACCACAUUAUCGUGCUAUAAACAGUAAACGCAUAGGAAAAUAUGUAUUAUUUUUAUUCCAUUACGACGUCAAUUUAAUUGCCAUGAUUUAGCAAAACAGCAAUUCCGUCAUUCCGCGGCCAAGAAAACCACACCAAUUAACCGCCCGUGUAAAUAUUCUGAACGCUUCUGAACAGCGGCACUAACGGCGUAAUGUUUUUUUUUCUUCCGAUCGUGCAUAAUAUUAUUAUUAAAUAGGUACGAACUACGUCGAAAAUAUUUUUCACUCAAAACACCAACGCGGUUGGCGCGUUUCCAAACAUAUUUCUUUUACGGCCUAUUGACCGUUUCGAGUACAGUCACUUUCCAACCAUAUAAUGCUACGUUAUAGUAGUUACCGACUAUAUACUACCCUUAAACGCGCCGGUCGAGAUUUUUCAGUAUAUAUUACACGUAAAUUAUGUAUAGAAUCGACGUAUGUGCUCCUCAGCUACGUAACGCAUACAAAAUAAUAACAAUAUUAUUAAAACGAUUUUUUUUCCGCUCGUUCCCGUUAAAAACGUACAAUUAAAACGCUUCACUAAAUUACUGACAUUAUUUUUUCAUACCCAAUUUCGCCUAGUAAAAUGCAUUUCCUGCAUUUGACGAGCAUAAAAUAUGUUGUAUAUUAUUAUUUAGUUGUAUAUGUUUAGGUGAUUAUGUACUAAAUGUCUAAAUGUCAAAACUCGAACAUCGGUUUGUGUACAGAUGUUUUUUUCCAUAUAUAUAUAUAUAUAUAUAUAUAUAUUAUAUUAUAUUAUUUGUUUUUUAUUAUUAUGAUUAUUAUUAAUACGCCGUUAUUAAAGUAACAUAAAAAAGAUUAAAAUUAAAUAAUUGUAAGACGCGACUUAAACUGGGCGCAGAAACGUACAAAGUGCUGUUUCGCAUACAUAUGUAUUGGCCGACGCCACAGUAAUGUACACGCACAAACAUCUGUUAAGUAAAUAUAGUGCUAAAAUGUUUAUUUAUUAUUAUUAUUAUUAUUAUUAUUACUAUUAUUUAUAUAUAUUUAUAUAUAAGUAGAAGACAGUCAGAAACGUUGAAAAUUAAAAUUCAUAAAUAUAUAUUUAACCGUCCCAUUUGAUAUUAACAUGAUAUGUAUUGAUCUAGGACGGGUUUAAAUCUAAGAGGGUAUUGACAUUAUAUAUAAUAUAUUAAAUGUAUUCCAUCCGAAUCGUGUGUCAUCUGUCCAUCUACGUAUCGCACACUUUGUCAUUGAACCGCCCUUAAAUAAAUUUAACUUUUACCGAAUUAUCCGGGAAUAAAACGUCAGUGUCAUUUCUCAUUUUAUAAUAAUUUGAUACACAAACCUACUCUAAUGCGUAAAUUUGACUGUGCGUGAAGUUAAAACUAUUUUCAAUGUUUCAACGGCGUGGAUAGUUUGCGUGAAUGAUAUUUGUCAGACAUUUGGCUCAUGCAAUUAUCUGUAUACAGAAAAUAUGUUAGCUGAUACUUAUUAAGAAAAAUGUUUAAAAAAAAUGUUUGUGAUCGAGGGUGCACGAUAAAUAUAAUUCAGCCGGAUGGCAUUAGGCGACGAUCGAAUAAAACUACUUUUCGUUGUUUCUCAGAUUUCGAUAUCGUCGUUUAACAAACUAUAUUAUAUUAUCCUAAACUUCGUGUUUGAUAAAGUUAAGGUACUUACGCGUGUCACCGACUACUGUCGGCUUACAGUUUUUUGACUCUCCGUAAUAUCCCAUACUAUCCUGUAUAAUAUAUGUCACGUUUAUAUACCCAUCAUCGGCUAAAAGUUUCUAAUUCGUCUUCUAUUUAUAUGUUUCAACAGCGGGCUUUGAACUCCGAAAUUGUUUGUAUAAUUUCUCUCAGCCUUUUUUUUUAUUUAGAA